AGAAACAGGAGGGAUGACACACCUACCUGUGUGUCACGGGGACUUUCUGAAAGCAGCACUUAUUAAAGCUAAUCUGCAUUGGCUCACCAGUUCAGAGAUCACAGUUUGCUCCCACUGAAUCCCUGAAGAAGGAAGCUAAGAGAAACCAGCAUGCCUACCAGUCUGUGUGGAACAUGGGACAUGAUCAGCAAUGUCAACUUCGAUGGCUACAUGAGUGCACUUGGUAUCAGUGUUCAUUUGAGAAAGAUUGCCCUGCGGCUGAAGCUGAGAAAGGUGAUUGAGCAGCAUGGAGACCAGUAUAUCGUCAAAACUCUCAGCACCUUCAGAAACUACGCCAUCUCCUUCAAAAUCGGUCAAGAGUUUGACGAGUUCACAAAGGGACUGGACAACAGGCACAUCAAGUCAACAGUGACAUGGCAGGGGAAUAAAGUAAUGUGUGAGCAGAUUGGAGAGAAGAAGAACCGAGGCUGGGCUCACUGGGUUGAAGGCGACAAGCUCCAUCUGGAACUCCACUGUGAUGGAGAAGUCUGCAAGCAGGUGUUUAAGAAGAGUGCAAACAAGUAAAGAGGAAGGAGAUGUUUAAGAAGAAUUCGUUCAGUGCUGCAAGAUGGCAUGCGUCCCAUCCACAACUGCUGACCCUGGAGAAAAUAAAGCCACACCAGUCUAGAGACAGGCAGGGACUCUGGGGCUUUUUCAAACUUACGCCACUAGAUAGCACCACUGCACCACUUUUACACUACAUACUGAAGCUACAUUCAAGCUUAUAAGAUGAAGCAUCAGGAUGUUUCGUAACUUGUUUCAGCUGGCUGAAAACAGAUUAAAGGUGCUUUUGUUUUUUCUCUUGUUCAAAAUUUCUCCUUGAGAGCUGUUCUGUUCAGUUUGCAUUUAUUGUUUCAAUAGUGUAUUUUCCAUAGACAUGUAAAAUACACAAAAAUGAGAUCCAUUUUUUUACGAUUUGAAU